GAGAAAACUUUUGUGAGUGAUUUUGGUUAAUUGGUCAAAGCCUCGAUGUGAAGUAGAGAGAGCGCGUUGCGUCAUGGGUUACAGGGUUUAGUUGAGUCAACACUCGGCAAGGAACUGGGGUACAAAUUUCAAUACCACAAAUUCAACGAAAUUUCUGCGCGGUCAACAAUCGCAAGUCUCUAUCGAUUACAAAAAUAAUGUGAAUUUCGAGAAAUCAAGGUAACAAGUAAAAGCCCCCCAUCGUUAUGUAACUAAGUGCUCAAGAACAAGACUUGUGGAUAUCUGGAUUGAUUCUUUUGACAAUGGAGGUUGUAAACAGAAAGGAUUCAGGUGACAUGAAAGGUGGGUCAGAUCUGAAGCGGACUGACCGUAGGGGAAGAGUGCGUGUUGCAAGUUCGUUACUAGAUCGCCUUGCUCCUACACCAGGGUUUGUUGACAAGCCAGCAGUUGAGGAUGACUCACUUGCAAGGCGACGUACACCAAGGAUGGCAAGCUUGAAUGCUGCCGCAAAAGUGAAUCUCUUCUUUGAGCCCUCAAGUCCUCUUGCUGGGCGUAAUAUUGUGGAAAUUCACCAGCACUCAAGGAAGCUAUCUCGUAGUAGUGUUGAGGACAUGAAAAAUGGCAAUGAAGAAGAAUGUUUCAGUUUUGAAGAAUACAUUCCUAGUGAAAUAACAUCCACUUCUGAUGUUGAGCAAGAUAUACUAUUUGCUGCUAAUGAGCCAUCUUCAAAUGGUGGACUGAUUGAGAGAGGAACCGAAGUGGAAUCAAAACAUCUCAGAAAACGAAAACUUGAGCCAGACUCAACCACAGAUGGUGUCAAAAAGAGCAGAAAGAAUUUCAACAUUGAUACAUUGCUGAUGAAAAAAGAGCAAGAACUUGAGAUAGAAUGUGAUACUACCACUGGUGAGUUACCGGCAUCCAUGGUGGAUGCAUGCAUCCAGGUUGAUUUACCACGUCCUACGCCACAGUUCAAACACGUCCGCUUGCUCUCUGUUCCAAUCAAAGGACAGUUGGUGACACCCUCAGGGUCUAUGGAAUUUACCAAAAACCACUUGGUGACCCCAAGUGCACCUCCAAAACCACCAGUGGAGCUAACAAUGAGUAAAACACUAAAUAAAAGAACUGCAAGUCUAAAUGCUCAAGCCAUGCUCAAUGCAAUGGUGAGCAAAAGUGGUCCUCUUGUGAAAAUCAAGGGAAUAAAUGACUUAUUGAGUGAGAAAUCCAAGAUUCAAGGGAUAGGGAAAGACUCCCUCGUCACUAGACGUGACGCUGACUCAAGUACAAUUAUACCAUUAAGGGUACCUAAGAUCAAUUUUGCAGCGACAUCUACAUCAACAUUUAGUGCAGGGCGGCACCGUCCUGUCGGGAACCCCCUCAAAAGCAUCCACAUGAAGGCUCUAAACCUCCAACUUGAAAAAUUGCAGGCAGAGAGAGCCAGGGGGGAGCCUCAUACACAGAAGAGAACCAACGGUUGGACCUACCAUGGUAUACCACUAGACAAGCCUUACUGCUAUGAUGAUCAAAUCGUAAUUCGGCAUUACUACAGCGGCAUUCAGCGAGGGGAUGAGAUUAUCAAUGUGCGUGAUUCAGUCCUCCUUAAGGCUGGAACCCGUCGCAAGGAUCAACCCUUUGUUGCCAGGGUGUCGGGUCUCUGGGAAGAGGAUGAAGGUCCUAAUGCUGGCGAGAUGAUGAUGAGUGUUUUGUGGUACUAUCGGCCAGAGCAGACUGAAGUGGGGAGGGACCCUUCCAUUCAUGGCGAGAUGGAAGUGAUGGCAUCAAGACACAAGGAUGACAAUAGUGUUGCCUGUAUAGUUGACAAGUGUUAUGCUCUAAGCUACCCUGAGUAUUGCAGAUACCGUGCACAAAACAAGCUCUGCCAAGAAUCACGUGCAACCCCAUUCUCCCCAGUACCUCCCGGUCAGUCUACAAGGCCUGGUUCAGUACCAGCUCCUGACACAGACCCCUCAUUGGUCUUCUUUUGUCGACAAGUCUAUGAUCACAGGAUGGGCAGGGUCAUUAAAAACCCAGUCUAGACAAAGCUAGCCAUUUCUAUGUGUGAUUCAACAGUAGGGACUUGGUUCAGAACCUGUUAACGUGGCAUGCUGGCAUUCGUUGUUUCCAAGUAGUGCAAAGUGACCUUUUUGUGCCAAGGAUUUUUUCACUACUCUUUUAUGUUGGAAACCAUGACAAAAUGAUACAUUUGUAAAAAAAAUCACAUUUAGAAUAUAAGUAUUUCAUGUCUUCUUCUUAAGUGAUAGUUAAUUACUAAGUGAAAUUUAUAUGUUACAUACCUGUCAACUCUCCCGUAUUAGGCGGGAGUCUCAAGAUUUUGGACCCCUUCUCUCGCUCUCCCGCGUUGAGCACUAAAUCUCCCGCUUUUUAGCGAUUUUUAUCGCUUAAGAGAAAUUAUUAUAUAAAAAAUCAUCAUUUUGCCAAUGUUCUAUUAAAAUAUUUGAAACAAUAAUUCACUUGCGUAGGGCAAUUUAUCUAACCCUCGUGCGAUCUAUAAGUGGAUUUGUUCGUGAGAGCUUUCUAUACGUCAAAAGCCUGCAAAGUUAAACCCACCCCUCUCCCACAAAAAUGAAUAUACCCCACCCCCCCCAAAAAAAUUCUCAAGCCUUGAGAUUUUCGGAGGUUGACAGGUAUGAUGUUAUCAUCCAUUAUGACAAUGUUUCAGUAAUCAUGAAGUAUUCUUUAGCAGAAUAAUAUAGAUUUACAACACAUUCAUUGUGAUGUAAUAUUUUCUUGAUAUUUCUUGAGUUGGAACCAAUGUAAUGUAGUGUUAAAUCAGCAAUCCGCUUUUUAAGCACUUUUCUAGUGGCAGCAUUUUCUAGAAUGGUUUACAGUUAUUUAUUUCUCUCUAGUUAUUAGGAAAGCCUUCUUACCCUUAUUCUAUGUGGGGUGUUAGUUGUUUGUGUGAAACAGUUAUUGGAAAGCUACAAAUUGGAUUUCAUUAAUCACAAUAAGAAGGAAUUUGAGUUCAUUAAUUCACAUGUUAAUGAAAACUUCUGUUAUGGUGUUUUGUGUUUGCAUUUAGUUGUGAAACAAAUUAUAAAAUGCAGUUUUUGACAGCUUAAUCUACUGUGAACUGUAUAAAUUGAUGAGUAAAUUUGAAUAUUCUAGA